CAGGAAGUCUUUAGUUGUGUUUUGGUAGUCUGCUGAUGCCGAUAUCCUGUGAUCGAUUGCUGGACAAGGCUUAGCUUCGGUUACAAAUGAUCCAUAGUGGUAAUGAUGAUUAUACAGGGAAAAUAUACUCAAAAUUACGGAUGCGUCAUGCGAACAACUAGAUAAACAACUCUGAUUAAAGUGUCGCAUAAGCAGAAUAACUGGUUUCAUUGUUCGUAACGAAUAGUUUGAGAAAGUUGUGACUGUUGCUUGUAACACAAUGCGACAGCGGAUCAUCUGCUCCGUGGUCCUUACUUGGAUUUGUGUAUACAUUGAAGCACAGUGUCCCACCGAAAUUUCGUGUGCUGGUAUCAAUGAAUGCUACAUGCUGUUCUCCACAAGCAAUGAUUGGUAUUUUAAGAAUCCGGAUGGACAAAAUAAAAACAUUGGAGGAAAUCCACCAGCUUCAGCUAGUAAAUACAUUUACAUCCCUGUAGCCGAAAAAUUGCGAUCUUUGCCGGAUGUUGAAGGAGAAUGCCUACAGGCCGGUGCGAACAUCGUCAUCAUAAAUGACAACCUAGAGUACGAGCAGCUGACGGAAAAUCUGUUGCAUAUAUUAAAAUUCAACGAGGACAGCAUCUUCAAUGUGAAAGUAAAUAGCUUACCCCAAAAAUAUAUAUAUGACACGUGUGGUGAAAUCACAGUAGACGAUGGGUUUUUCGGUAACGAUGUAAGGAUCGUUGCAAGUCGGUGUUCAAAACAGAAUAGAGUCAACUCCAUAAUUUGUGAGUCCACGGAUGAUCUCAAAUGCCCUGCAUCUACUACUGUAAAACCGACUGAAAAGACAACAACAACUUCAUCUAGAGCUAGUGUAACCACAAUCACACAAACAUCACCAAUAAUUACAGUAAUCUCCACUGUGGCAAACACUGUCCAAAAUUUCACCACUUAUGAAGAAGAGCAUACAAGGCAGACAGAACAGACAGAGCAAGAGUCUUUCGUUCAACCACUUCAAGCAGAAUUUAGUAACACGAUGAUGUACACCCUAUUGCCAGUAUCGCUCGUCGUAUUUUGCAUCGUUACUGGAUUGACCUGUUUUGUCGUCGUCCGUCGAAGGAAUAAACAGCGAGGGAGAAGAUUUGAUUCUGUUGCUAUUGUAAUGCGUCCUCCAUCAAUAGACGACCUCGGAGUUGGAGAAAGAGAGUCUAAUAUAUAUAUGUUCCCAGAUGAAGUGAAGUUAGAAGGCCAUGUCUCUGCUUCUAUCGAUGUGGCCAGUAACACUGUUGAAACUAACACAGACGGUUAUAUAAUUAAUGCUACGCAUCAAGUAGACAAUCGAGAGACAGAUAAUGAUCUUAAAGCAGAGGGUCAUUAUACAGUUCCAAAAAAGGAUGCUUAUGUAUGCAUGUCAAAUAAAAGCGAUGCUGCUAAGCUUAGUAAACACGGGGAUGGUGCCUCAACCCCCAGUGCACAUUAUAACGUACCACGACUUCAUGCUGGUGAAUAUGUUAAUGCAAUAUACCAAGAACCCAGUCCGCUAGGUAGCAGUACUUUGACUGGCAGUGGACAAUAUGACACGCCAAUGCACCAGGAUACAAAAAACAUUCAGUAUGUCACGCCAAAGCUGAGUCCGGAUAAAUACAAGGGCAAUGGAAAUGACAACAUAUAUCAGGAACCGUGUUUUGUAGGGGAUACCUCAAGUUUUCAGUAUGACACACCGAAGCUGGGUGUCAACAAAGAAGGUGAGAAUGGAAAUAUAUAUCAAGAGCCCAGUCCACUAGGGAACGGUGCCCAGAGCUCAAAUGAUCAAUGUGACGUUUCAAGGCACAAAAAGUUCAGCAAAUACAAACAAGGUGAAAAGCCCAUCGAAAAUGGAGGAACUAAAGAAAUUGCCAAAAAAUGUACGAUCAGCAAAAAUAAAAGUUCAAAACAUUGUCAAGUCAACCAGCGCAAAGACGAUUCUCCGCCAAUGAAUACUUGUGAAAUUCCAGUGAAUUAUGAAAAAAGUCGUAAAGAUAAAGAAGAAGUGUUAAGCCACCAAGUAUCAAUUGAACAUUAUGACAUUCCGAAGGGCAUUAACGAAUAUGAAAACUGCGAUAGUUUUAUGGAUGAGCAGAAAGGAAGUAAUAAAACUAACAACAAUCAAGUAAGUACUAACCAUGUGCAAAACAUACCAAAUGAUCAUUAUGACGUUCCAAGGAUUGCCAACGAAUAUGAGGACUGCGGCGAUAGUAUUACUAAAUAUCUGGAGCAAAAGGGAGAAUCGAGUUGUCAUGUGAGCUCAAAUGAGCAUUACGACAUUCCAAAGGCAGCUAACGAAUAUGAGACUUGUGGUAAUAACGUGGACAUACAUCCGGGUCAGGAAGAUUCAAAUAAGCAUUACGAAGAGGUCAGAGGUGAAAAGGAUGGUAUGUUAAAGAAGGACAGUAGCAAUAGAAAGAAUCAGAUGCUUAGCAAACCAAAACCUAAACCCCGACGUCAAGUCUCAAAAACUGUCAAACAUGAAUACAUGUCGUAUGAAGGCGAAAGUCAAAAUAAUGCUCGUUAUCAGGAACUCGAUAAAACCUCUAUGAAAAGAAUGAAAUUUUUCAAUAAAUAAUUUAGUUAACUGAUAUUUUAAUUCUUUCAACGACGAAAUACACUGUUUCUCAUUAACGGUCACGUUUAAUGAACGACAGCGUAAAUGUACGUAAACUUGUUUGUUAAAAUUGUUCUCGAACGCUGUGACUGUCAAAAUGACGGUAAUACGAGCAUCGUUGCAAUGUCAUGAUUUACGUGGUAAAUA